AUGAGAUGGCUCAAGAAAGAUACCAACCUCCUCUAAUGGCGAUGGGCGGCUAUAUAUAUCCAUCACCCUCUUGCCCAAAUCCCUUUCCAUCCUCCGCACCGUACAACGACAAUCACCCCCUCGGCUCCUCUUCGUCGCGAUCCGCAGCCCAUGGCCGCCGCCUACUGGCUCGCCGAGCACCCGGCCAUCGUCGGCUUCCGCUGGAGCCCCACCGACCUGUGGUUCUCCACCUGGGCCUUCCUCCUCGGCUUCCUCGCCUCCUACGUCGCGCUCUGCCUCGCCCUCGACGCCUUUCUCGGCGCCGUCCUGCGCCGACGGAAGGCGCUCCCGCUGGGCCCCGUGCCGCCCGCCCACGCGCUGCUCAUGGCGGCCGUGUCGGCGGUCAUCUUUGUGGGGACGCUGCUAUCCGCCGUCGCCGAGAUACGGGAUACGCGCUGGUCGUGGCGCGGGCGCAGCCGCACCACGCCGUUCCGGUGGCUGCUCUGCUUCCCGCCCGGGACGCGCUCCUCGGGCCGCGUCUUCUUCUGGUCCUACGCCUACUACCUCUCCCGCUACCUCCACGCAGCGCGGGGCGUCUUCGCGGUGCUACGGCGCCGGCGCGGCGCGGCCGCGAGGGUGUUCGCGCACGCGGCCUCCAUCGCCAUGGCGUUCCUCUGGCUCGAGUUCUCGCAGUCGUUCCAGGUGCUCGCCAUCCUCGCCUCCACGCUGGCGCACGCCGUCGCCUGCGGCUUCCGCUUCUGGGUCGGCGCGGGGCUCCCCGCCGCGCGCGCAGCCCGCGGCGCCCCCGUCGCGCUCGCCUGCCAGCUCGCGCUGCUCGGGUGCAACCUCGCGUGCCACGUCGGCGUCGUGUGGAUGCACUUCGGCGUCGUCGCCGGCGGGUGCAGCGGCAUCGGCGCGUGGGUGUUCAACACGCCUCUCAACGCCGCCCUGCUCUGGGUGUUCCUGCAUUGCUACGGCAAGCGCGGCGUCUGCGACGAUGACGGCGGCGCCACCGCCGCCCGCGCGCGGCACGACAGCACCGACAAGGAGCUAUGACGACCGACGAGCGCCUGUGAGGUGAUGACUUAUGACCACCCCAAGAAAACAAAAUCCUGUGAUAUUUUUGUACAUAAGCCUGGCGAUGGAAUCGAAUGAGGAGGAGAUAAAACAAUAAAGGGAUUGGCAAUCCUCUUUGCAAGAGAGAGAGAGAGA